AUGUCGACAACUCCAGAGAAGGCCGCCGCGCCUCAGCUUGAGAAGAAGCCCGUCAAGUUCAGCAACUUGUUGCUGGGCGCUGGUUUGAACUUGUUUGAGGUCACCACCUUGGGACAGCCGUUGGAAGUGAUCAAGACAACCAUGGCCGCCAAUCGGGGCGACAGCUUCGGCAGUGCUAUGGGUCGGAUUUGGGGCCGUGGCGGGAUCCUCGGUUACUAUCAAGGACUCAUUCCGUGGGCCUGGAUUGAGGCCUCCACUAAGGGCGCGGUUCUCCUGUUCGUUGCCUCCGAAGCGGAGUGGCAGGCUCGCCGAUUCGGUGCCAAUGAUUUCGUUAGCGGUAUCAGUGGUGGUAUGGCUGGUGGUAUCGCCCAGGCGUAUGCCACCAUGGGCUUCUGCACCUGCAUGAAGACCGUCGAGAUCACCAAGCACAAGAUGGCUGCCGCCGGUGUUAAGCCCGCCAGUACCUUCGGAACCUUCAUGGAUAUUUACCGCAAGGAGGGUAUCCGGGGUAUCAACCGUGGUGUCAACGCCGUGGCCAUCCGUCAGACUACCAACUGGGGUUCUCGCUUCGGUCUCUCGCGUCUGGCUGAGUCUGCCAUCCGCAAGGUCACCAACAAGGAGGAUGGCCAGAAGCUGUCCGCCUGGGAGAAGAUCCUCGCCUCCGGUCUCGGUGGUGGUCUUUCCGCCUGGAAUCAGCCCAUUGAGGUCAUUCGUGUCGAGAUGCAGAGCAAGACCGUUGACCCCAACCGCCCCAAGAACCUCACUGUCGGCAAGGCGUUCAAGUACAUCUACGACUCCAAUGGAAUCCGUGGUCUUUACCGCGGUGUCGCUCCCCGCAUUGGUCUGGGUAUCUGGCAGACCGUCUGCAUGGUGGCUCUUGGUGACAUGGCCAAAGAAGCAGUCGAAAAACUGACUGGCGAGGCCGUCACCGCUAAGCACUAA